ACAGGACUUCCAUUUGUGGCUGGGUGAUCCAAAGUACCAUGGCUGCUCAAUCUGAAGCAGCCUGCCAGACUGAUGUCCCUACCACGAUGCAACAGGAGGCACAGGUACCCACCCCCUCAGCUGCAACAGAUUCCCCACAACGAACUGGAGCCAUCGGAAACAUGGGCACAGUCAGCGGUAGAAACAAUCCUACCAUUGUUGGUUCAAGUGUCAACUUCUACAGCUCGCCGUCGGAUGGAGCAGGAGUAAAUCCGCAGAGUCAGAAACCAGACCAAGAACCAAGAGUGGGGGAUCUCAACCAAGAAGUCGGUAACAAGACCAGGGACAUUUUGAGGACAUGUUACAAGACAACGGGUAGCUAUGUUCAGUUGAACCCUGGGGUUCCUGAUGAUCAAAGACACAUUGUUGGCAUUUACACUAAAUUGCGGGUUAGAACAAAGAAAGGUACUGCAGAAGAAGAAUACUCUGACAAAACUGUAUAUUCCACAGAGUAUGAGAAAAUAUUGAAAGAUUGGCCUGAGACUGAGUUCAAUCGUGCUAUUUUAUUUGGCAUUGGUGGUGUCGGGAAGUCAACCAUUUUUGACAAGAUUGCAUAUGACUGGGCCGAUGAGACAUGUGAAAUCCUGAAAAGAUUCAAGCUUGUCUUUCUUUUAAAGAUGUAUGCCCUGUUCCAAGAAUCUGAUCUUGUUGAUUCCAUUUUUGAUCAACUUUUAGGCGUAAAGUCAGGAGUAGCCAAAGAUGAACUUGAUCAAUAUAUUCAGGACAACUCAAAUAAGGUCUUGAUACUUUUGGAUGGUUUUGAUGAAAUGAGGACCAAAACACUUGAUGUAGCCUCAUUCGGCUCUAUCCUAAAAGCGCUCAAUAGAACAGAAUACAGGAAGUGUUGCAUUUUGGUCUCGACUCGCCCCUCUCAUCUUGAGACUCUGAUGUCAAAAUCACUUGUCCAAAAUCCUUGCACACAUGUUGAGGUUCUGGGGUUUACCAAGGAAGAUGUUAAUGAAUACAUUCUGAAAUUCUAUUACGAAGAUCCUGAUAGUGGCAGUGCACUGAUCCUAAACAUUGAAAAAUCCAACACGUUGCUCGAUUUCUCCACGAAUCCAAUGCUUCUCCUUCUCAUGUGUUUGUUGUGGAGGGAGAAAAAACAACUCCCCGAAACAACUUCACGCCUCUUCACUGAGGCAGUUGAUUACAUGUUCACAAGAAAAGGAUAUAGCUCCGAAGAUGCAUCAAAAACAGUGAUUGCUAUAGGAAAAACUGCACUGAGUGGAUUCUUAAGUGCCGACCAGAAUUUCUCAUUUCAAAAAGAUGAGUUUGAACAAAAUGCGCUGGACCUGGCACUGAAAGCAGGCAUCCUAACCCAGCAGAGAGUUAUCAAAAACCUCAAAUGUCACAACAACAUACAAUUCAUGCACAAGACUAUUCAGGAAUACUGUGCUGGUAAAUACUUGCAAAGUGUACAUAUGUCAAACUGGGGAUUUGUAAAGCGUACGGUGUACAAAGUUGUUCCAUUUGGAGAAUUUCAAAACAAUUUAAGGCAACUAUGUCAGACAAUUAAGGGUGUCAUUUCAAAUGAUUUUCUUUUGCGUUUUUGUUGUGGUGACAAUGAAAAGUGCAUGACUGACAUUGUUAGAUUGCUUGACCGUAAAUUCAAUUAUCGACAUAAGCCCAUGUACCAAUCAGACGUUAUACAAUUAAUUAGUCAACACUGUUUAUUUGAAAGCCAAUCCAAAAAGAUCCCACAAUGUCUAACCAGCGACUCACUCAUCCCAUCAGAUAUCGAGGUGAAUAACUAUACUGAUGUCCGCAUUCUCAUAUACCUUUUUAAAACAAUCUGUAGUUCAGAAGUCCAGGUGCCACAACUGUCACGCAUUGAAACCAUUCAGAUUGAUUCUAUGUCUUCGGUCAGUGGUUUAGUCUUCGCCCUGGGUUACAUGGAAAACCUCAGGGUUCUGAGGCUCUCCUCGUGUCCUUUAGUGAAGGGUGAGCUUGAGAAAAUCCUGUCAUCACUGAAAUGCAACUAUCUCUUGACCUGGCUUGACAUACAGAAUUGCAAUACAUUGGGAGGUAGAGCUGUAGAAUGGGCCCCUCAUAUCAAACACUUGACAAGCAUUAAGAAACUUGGAGUAAAGUGGUGCAAACUUCAGAGCACAGACAUUCAACACAUUGCCUCGGCUGUACAUGACAUGCCCAAACUGAUUGGCUUGAGCCUUGAUGGCAGCGAGACAUUGGGCGGGUCCACUGACUUGUGGGCCAAGGAAUUGCCAAAAAUGAUGCACUUAAAUAAGCUGGACCUGAUCUAUUGCCAUUUGACACGGUCAGACAUUCAACUCAUUGCCUCGGCUAUUGUCAUCAAAGUCAAACUGACACUCUUAAAGUCCAGGGUCAGAUAUAACCUUGCAUCCGGAACAGACUGGAACUGA